AUGUUCGCAGCAGCCCAGGCAGCUGGGAUUUCCCAGUUCCCGCACCAACUACCCCCUCUCACCGCCGCGCUCCACGUGGACUCCUCCCGCCCGGUGGCCUUCGUGGCAGUGGAGAUCAUCGAGGCGAGGCACUUAAAGCCCGCCAACCUGGACGGCACGUCGGACGCGUACGUCAAGUGCGCGCUGGGCGCGGCGCGCUUCACCACGCGCAUCGUGUGGGGGUCGCUGCACCCGCAGUGGUUUGCGGAAUUUACAGCUCCGGUGUAUUCAUGGCGUUUGAGCAACCUGCUCGUGCUGCGUGUGCUGGAUAAAUCCUUCCUCUGCUCCAAAGACCUCGGGUGA